UCUUUAUAUUCAGCAACAACAAAGAAACAUGACUGACCGUGGUAUGAAAAUCAUAUUAACGGGAAACAAUUUCGUUGGAAAAAGUUCUCUAGUGCGUCAAUAUGUAGAUAACGACUUUACUUAUAACUAUGAGCUUCACAGAAGAAGCUGGAACUGUAAUAAAAAGGAGAUGGUGUUAAAAGGUUGCAAAGUGGCAUUGCAGCUUUGGGCCACAGUUGGGGCAAGGGAAUUCCGAACUGAGGAACAAUAUAGAGAUGCAGAUGGCUGCAUUAUCGUUUUUUUCAGUUACGAAUCGAAAAUCAUUCGAGGAUCUUAAUUUGUGGCGAAAUGAGUUCCUUUCGCUGGGAAAACCACAAAAUCCUGAACAAUUUCCGAUUGUCGUUGUAGGCACUAAAAUUGAAGUGGAAGCUGAUCGACCGGUGACAAAGCAAGAGGCUCAGCAGUGGUGUGAUUCGUUCUCCAUUCCUUACUUUGAAUGCUCGUCGAAAGCUGGGACCAACGUGAAAGUGGCAUUUGAGACAUUCAUAGCAAAAGUCUCCGAUUCGCAGAAACGUCCAAAUUUGUAAAUAAAAUAGAGAUGAUUCUCUUUUGAUUUAAAUACA